CUCUUCUUUUCUUCUCCCUUGCACCGAACAAAGCCCCCAAGCUGCCAACAGCCCUCCCUUGAAGAAAAACCGGUAGGAAGCUUGGAUAUUUCUACUUCUUUUCUUGUUCUAGGACUGAAAUUGAACCCAGAAAUUCCCCCCUCCCUCUGCAAAAAUCCAGAUCUGCUCUGCUCUGCUCUGUCCGUCCAGUUGCUGCUCCUGCUUUGUGGGAACGAAUUGCUUUGAUUUUUCGAUUUUCCCCUGCACUGCCGUCGGCUUCCUCUAGCUUGCAGCUCCGAUUUUUGCUGCUAAAUUCUUGAAGCGAAGUCAAGGACGGGGAAAAACAAGGGGAGUGAUGAGUUAGAAGGCUAGCCAUCUUGUAAAUUUGACAUAAAUUUUAGAUAUAAAUCAUGAUCUUGUAAGCUAGAUUUUGCUUGGAGAUUUUAUGAUAUCAGAGCAAAUUUUAUAAUUUUAUCUUCAAAUUUUGUGCCUUAGAGCAGGACGGAAAUUUUAUUAGAGUAUGUCAAAAAGGUGCAGCCGGAGUUUAUGGAAUUGUUUGUGAAAGGGGCACCACAACAGGUGGUUGAUGCAAUGCGCCAAACAGUGACAAACAUGAUUGGGACAUUGCCCCCUCAAUUUUUUGCUGUGACAGUCAUUACUGUGGCUGAAAAUCUUGCACAAUUAAUGUACAGCGUUAUGAUAACUGGGUAUAUGUUUAGGAAUGCACAAUAUAGAUUGGAAUUGCAACAGAGUUUAGAGCAGGCUGCUCUACCUGAUGCGCAAGAGAAAGACAAAGUGACAAGUGUAACAGAGACUAGUGUCUCAGAACUUGCCAAGCUUCUUUACUGGCUGAUGGUGGUUGCAUACAGCAUCCGUAAUAUUGAAGUUCGAUUUGACAUGGAAAGAGUACUUGGAACUCCUCCAAAGCCUCCGGAGUUGCCUCCAGGAGAAAAUAAUUAGACAUUUUGCAUAACAAUAGAGGAUAUAGCCAAGUUGGAGGAUAUUGAUCUGAAUGCCUCCUAAUGCAUUAAGUUUGUGGCUUGUGGGAGGAAAGGGCUAAUAUUUGAUAAUG